CUGCUCCUCCUCCUGCUCCGCGGACGCGCCUUCGAGGCACCGCGAGGAGCGCUCCCAGGCAGCGGCCCCGCUCGCUCUCCGCGCCGCCGCCGCCCCCUUUCGCCCGGCCAGAUCCCUCUCCCUCCGGGGGGCGCCGACUGCAGCAGCAGGAUGCCCGAAUUCCCGGCCAAAGUCAGCACCCGCACCAGCUCCCCCGCCGGGGCCCAGGCCGGCUCCCUCCCGCUGCUGCGCUCCUCCGCCGUCGACCUCGAGUUCCUCCGGUCUCUCGUCGGCGUCUUGAUGAUCGUGGAAAUCGUGCUGGGAUGCCUGGUGUGGGCCCUCAUUGCAGACACGUACUACCAACCGUACCCUUCCUACGGGUGGGUGAUGUUUGUCGCCAUCUUCUUCUGGCUUGUGACGAUCAUCCUUUUUGGAAUGUACCUAUUUCAACUUCAAACAAAGCUCUACAUGAUCCCGUGGCCUCUUGUGCUAGUGGUAUUCAACGUUGCAGCGGCUGUCUUGUACGCAACAGCUUUCAUCACAAGCGCUGCGUCCGUCGAGCCUUACUCCUGGCCACACUCCCCAGAUUAUAACAGAAGAGCCUCAGCAUCGUUUUUUGCUUGCCUGGUGAUGAUCGGCUAUGGGGUCAGUGCCUGUCUCAGCAUCCGGGCAUGGAGAGGAUAUGGAAGUAAUGCAGCAACCAGCCAAGCAACAGUUUCUAAUCAUGCCUGAAAACUGUGGGCCAUUUUUAAUCAACGUGACUUGACUGGGGGCAGUGGCUACUGGGGCCUUUGGGUAACUUCCCCUCUCUCUCCCUUCCAGACCUAGUUGUCUGAAUGCUAUUCCUGGUCCCCAGCUUAUGCAUGGCCUAUGCCAUGUGCUUUUAAUGCCAUCUGUAGCUGGUUUAAGUGCCCACUCCCCCCUGUACCUUGCACUAAUUGGUAUCCUCAGACUGUUAAUGGCUGAAUCAUGGAGACAAAGCACUUUGGAAAGUCAAGAAGACAACCGAGUGCUGGUUUACCCCCACAUGAUUCAUAGCUUCCAGUAUAUAAGCACAAAUGUAACACCCUAGCUAGAAAUUUUAGUGUCUUUUAUGCUACCUUCAACCUAGUUUUCAACAGAGGUGGUGCACACAUUUCAGCAGGGACCCAUGCCACGUACAGUAAUUCCAUGGUUGAAAUGUAUGUGAGCCGUCCCUUCGAUAUCUUGGCUGACUGCGAUCUUAUCACUGAAAACCACUGCAUUGGGACCGCUGCAAAUAAUGUGUAGUUUGACACGCUGUGUACCUGGUGCACCCAUGUAUGUAUAUCGCUUGAUGACUGGCAGUUAAAUGUGUGAACUGACUACACUGAAAAAACAUCAGGUUUAAGGUGACAUGAAAGUACUCAGGUGUGUUUUGAAGUGGGGAGAGGCCACAAUACUGUAGCAAUCAAGGGAUGAACAUGCUUGUGUGAACCAGCCCAAAAGAUGCCACUCUCCAGGGAUGGCCAAGACAGCAUCUCACCAGAAUUAAAUCCACUAAGAAGCAAAGCCAGCAGCCUCCCUUUAUGCCAGCCACUUGCAGCUAUUAUGUAAACAAUGUGUAAUUAUUAACUCAAUGUGUUUUGUAGUAGCAGGGAUGCUUCUGAUAUGAGAAAGCUGCAGGUAUUUUAUUAUUUCUAAAAGUGUUUUGUUUUAAAUUAAAAAAAUUAAUCUUU